GCCAUUGCUAUGGAGGAAAAGAGAACUGUGACUUUCCGAGAUGUUGCCAAGAGCUAUUUCUCACAGACAAGGGUGGACUGUCGCUACACUAUAAGCAGUCAUCACAGCUGGAGCAGUCAUGACUGGAUAGGUCUUUUUAAGGUGGGAUGGCUGACAGUGAAUGAUUACUACACUUUUGCCUGGGCUCUAGCACCAGAAGGGUACCAAACAGGAACAGAUGCAAACUGUAGUGUGGCCUUUCACUCGUCUUAUCUACCAAAACCUGGUGGGGAGGCAUAUCAGUUUGCUUAUGUGGAUGAACGUGACGAGAUAUGUGCAGUCAGUUCUCAGUUUACUUUUUGUGCUCCAAGACCUCUGGAUGAACUUGUUACACUAGAGCAGGAGAAAAAUGGUGAGGAAGAGGAGGGGGGAUAUGACCUGCUGGUGGUGGUGCCAAAGGCUCUGAUCCUGCAGAAUCUCUUAGAAGGAUGUCAGCGUGAGUUACAUGAGCUGCGUAAGAGGUUUGAGGCUGCUGAUGCUGAGGUCGAGAGAGAAAGGGAGAGAUGGAAAGCUGAAAAAGAUGAGCUUGAAAGAGUAAAAAAUGAGAUGAAGUGUCAGAUUGAUGAGCUAAAAAGCAACCUGAGGCAAAGCACUGAAAAAAUUGAGGAACACGAGCAAAAACAAAAGGAUGUGCAAAGCACUCAUGAAAACAUGGCUGCUGAACUUAGUGGGCUGCUAGCAGAGAGAGAUGAAAAUCAUCAGCAAAUCAAAGAACUCCAACAGGAUGCUGCCACUCUGACUCAACAAAAACAAGACAUAGAGGCCGAGCUUGACAGAAUGAAGGAAAGAGUUAAAAAGAUGACCACACAAAGGCGAGAUGAAGAAAAGGAGAGGAGAGAUUUGCAGAUAGAGAAUGAGCAGGCACAUGCUGAGCUGCGGACCUUGCAAGAGCGUCUGGAGGCCAGUGAGCGUAGCAAUGAGGCCCUCCGCAGGGACCUGAGUGAACUGGGCUCCUUGCAGAGUCACAGCCAUGCAGAGCUGCAUCAGGUCAGACUUCAGUCUGCACAGAUGAGUUUACAACUGUCCCAGGCCAACCUGUCACUGCGUGAGGGGCAAGCCACCUGGGCCCAGGAGAGGGAGACUUUAAGACAAAGUGCAGAGUUGGCUAAGGAUCGUUUUCAGAAACUGAGCCGUGAGCUUCAGAAGAAGGAAGAGUGGCUCCAGGAGGAGAGAACCGAGCGAGAAAAACUGGAAGUGGAGCUGGGGAACGAGAAGGAUUGUAACCGG